GUAGUAUAAAAAGUAUUUUGACUUAGAGCACUUUGUGACUGUAAAAUAUAUAUAUAUAAAAGUAUGAUGUUCAUCAUUCUCAGGGGACAAGUACACAAAUACAUCAGCUAAACCCACUGUACUGUAUGAAAAUCCAGAUAUUGUUCUCAGGAGUUGGUGGAGACCCAAAUAGAGCUAAAAGGAGAGUGAAUUUUGGACAUUCGUCAGUUAACCCAAAGUUUCAAACUUCAAACAAAAAAUAAAUAAAUAAUCUUACAGCAAUAAUAUAUAGUUACACUUGACUUCUGUUUAUAGAGGCAUGUUCUCUGGUCUAAUUUGUAUAUACCUGGUGAAAUAAACCUGAUUUUGAUAAUAAAAACAAGAUGGUACUAUGUGUGCAUCAGAUAUUAUGGAAGUAACAGGGAAACAUUUGUAUAACAUUUCCUGCUGUGGUCAGAAAGUCAGCCAAAGAACAUUAUUUUCCCAACUAAAUCAAAAAAUCUCAGUUUACUCUGGAUAUAUUACAAAAGCAGAAUGUGUCCCAGUCACAAAGAGUCCAGUCCACCUUAAAAGAAGCUCUGACAGACUGCUCAUACACAUUUCCUGAAAACGCCCCGUGCGAGGAGAGAAAAAAAGGAAAAAGUCCCUCUGAGCAGUAAGAAUAAGGCUGCGUUGUUUAUCCAAAGAAGAGAGGGGAGGGUUGGACUUCUGGCUCAAUUCUGCGCCAAACUUUUCUAACACAUAACUUUGUAUCACGCUACUGGCUCAAUCUCACCGCACGGCUCCACACCGACCGACCGAGGUCAGAGGCAGUGACCGCCCACGGGGACUGGCAACGCGGCACCCAACCUCCGCGGAGCCCGGCAGCACUUCUUUUUUCUUUUCUUUUCUUUCUUACAUGGAAGUUUGACUCACCGGCUGCGAGGUCGAGUAAAGCCGGACUAACAGACUGUCUCUGGACGGAUGGAGGAAGCCUCAACAACGAAGGAGUAAAAAUCAGCCGAACAAACGUUCUAAAGGCGAACGUGAACUUUGUUGUGAGCGUUUAAACCGAAGUGACACCAUGUUGGGAAACACAGGAUCUUAUGCUAACAAGAAGAGGAAGAAGCCUGUUCUCAAACAAAAGAAGGUUUCUGAUGGCACUGAAGUCGUCAAAUCCAACCCUUCAAAGCGCCACCGGGAUCGGCUGAAUGGGGAGCUGGACCGGCUCACGGACCUCCUGCCCUUCUCCGGGGAGGUUCGCUCUCGUCUGGACAAACUGUCGGUCCUUCGCCUCAGCGUGGGUUACCUGAGGGUCAAGAGCUACUUCAAAGCGACCAUGAACACCGGUAACAGCAGCAGUCUGAUGUUCUCUGGAUUGAACGGGCAGAAUGGGAACAACAUGGACACCUCAGGCUUCUCUGAGGGGGACCUGCUGCUGCAGGCGCUGAACGGGUUUGCCAUCGUGGUCACGUCAGACGGAUCGGUGUUUUACUGCUCCGCCACCAUCAAGGACUACCUGGGCUUUCAUCAGUCGGAUGUGGUUCACCAGAGCGUGUAUGAGCUCAUCCAUACUGACGACCGGGAAUUGUUCAGACAGCAGCUUCACUUCGCUCUCAACCCCUCGUCUGCUGGCGCCGAUGGAGACGUCGUGCAGAGUUGUGUUGAUCCAGUGAUGUACAACCCUGAGAAGCUUCCCCCAGAGAACUCAUCCUUCAUGGAGAGGAGCUUCGUGUGUCGCUUCCGCUGCCUCCUGGACAACUCCUCUGGCUUUCUGGCGUUGAAGUUCCAGGGGCGACUGAAGUACCUCCAUGGCCAGAGGGUUUUGAAUGGGAACAAUAACAAACUUCAGCUGGCGCUCUUCACCAUCGCUAUGCCCGUCCAGCCUCCAACCAUCGUGGAGAUCAGAGCUAAAAUGCUCCUCUUUCAAACCAAGCACAAGCUGGACUUCUCACCCAUGGGCGUUGAUAGCAGGGGGAAGAUUAUUCUGGGCUAUUCAGAGAAUGAACUGUGCAUGAAAGGCUCCGGCUACCAAUUCAUCCACGCAGCUGACAUGAUGUACUGCGCCGAAAAACACAUCCGCAUGAUUAAAACAGGAGAGACCGGUCUGUGCGUGUUCAGGCUCCUGAGUAAGUCGAGUGGCUGGGUGUGGGUGAAGUCCAACGCCAAGCUGAUCUUCAAAGGAGGAAGACCUGAAUUCAUCAUCGCAUAUCAGAGAGCUUUAGUCAACGCUGAGGGUGAGGAGUACAUGCGUCAGAGGACGCUGCAGCUUCCCUUCAGCUGCACCACAGGAGAGGGCUUACUCUACAACACCGGCCCCACGGUGGACAUCACUCAGUUCCAGUUCAACAAAAUGUUCAGCAACAUUGAUGACAUGAAGAAGGACGUGACCCCCGGCUCUAUGCUGGACAGCUUCCUGAGUCAGGACGAAGCGGCCUACAUGCAGACAGACAACCCGUUACCCAUGGACCAGGUGUUCAUGGACAGCCAGGCGCUGGUUAGCAUCGCCAGCGACGCGUGGCAGGAUGGCGGAGCUUCAGCUGCUACGAGCGAACCUGUUGUCGUGAAAGUGGAAGCCAAGCAGUCAGUGAUGUCUGUGAUCGACAACUUGGAGAAAUUGGCUCAAGAUGGCGACUUUUGCGCGGCGUUGCAGAACAUGGAGGUCGGCGACGUGGAGCUGAAGGAGUGGGAAAAUGCCCUCAAAAGAUUAAGUCAGGAUGAGAAUCAGCAGAGCAACGUCCAGUCUGAGCUGGACAGCAUCCUCACUAAUGACAUAUUUGACUACAUCGAUAGUGUUUUGUUCAAGGAGAAGGGAGAAGACACCAGCCCUCCCAGCUGCUUCACAGCAGCCAACGACAGUCAGCAGGACCCGUUCACUCAGGCUGCCCGGCUCUCUGGACUCGCUGAGCCGCAGUUGUUUCCGACACCGAGCCCCGAUCGUACUUACUCCCCAAUGAACGGUCUCUACGCUCACCAGCAGCAUACGAUGAACCCGGUGGUUGCAGGGCAGAGCUUAGCUGCUCCGAUGUUCAGCACCCAGAAACUCUCCCACCACGGCCCCCUGAUUUCUCAGGCUGACACCAACCUGCCUCCUCUUCAACAGCUGCAGCUCCAGGACAUUUUCAGCCCGUCUAUAGAGCUCCCAGAGCUCACCGUCCACGGUGCCUCGGCCCCUUUUCCAUCCUGUGGGCAGGCACCUAUCGGCCACAUGGGCCGCCCUCAGGGGAUUUCUGCACACACGCAGUCCAGCCAACUUCUGCGCUGUGCUCAGAACAAUAUGCAAGUUCCUUCAGUGGCAGCGAACGGACAGCUGCUGCAGAGCUCUGUUCAACGACCAAACAACAUAGCACCCGGCAUAAUGGACAUUUUGCCACCCCUGAUUCCUUGCAAAGACUUUAAUUCCACUAGCACACUUAAUAUUCCCGCUCCCUUUGCCACAACUUGUCUGCAAGGAAGCAGUCCUUUUGAAACACACGACCACCAAGUUCAGCAGUGGCCGCAGAGCCAGCAGCAGAGGCCGCCUCACGCCGGCAUCGUGCAGAACGGACACGAGCUGAUGCCAGCGUGCCACAUCCAAACUCCAGAAAGCCAGUCACUCCCAUGUGCCGGCCUCUGGCCGAGGAGCGUCACCGGACUGAACCACGCUCUGCAGGGAGGGCUGUCAUGUGGCCAGGCAGCCACUCAAAGCAGCUGCAUGUUCAACCAGCACUUUUCCUCCAGUCCAGCAGGAGGCGACGUCCUGGCUCUCUCCGGGUCUUCAGGCCCGAGGGGGGCCGACACGUCUCAGGAUCAGAGUCCUCCUCAAGGUUCCUGCUACUUCCAGUGGAGCCACAGUGAGUCUGUGGUGGGCACGUCAGCCAUCACUCAGGAGAACGCCAACAUCAGUCCGCCCAACGUGUCCUCUUCAGAGCACACGCUCAACAUUCAGCACUACCUGGAACGCCACAGACAGGCACAGCAGGAUGAAAGAGUCUCCGCUGAACACAACGGGAUGUUUGCCACACCUGCUCGUGACGUAGCCAUGUACCUGAUAGAGUAGUAGUCAAAGCCAUGUUGUUAUUUCUGCUGCGACAAUCCCGGGGAAGGACACAACUCAAGUAUAGUUUGCCUGUAUCAGUGCUUAUCCACAGACUCUCAUGCUUACCCUCAUCGUCAUAAUGUUUUAUAUCACACGUUUAUACUCUAUCCAGUCUGUAAUGUUUAAAAGCUGUUGCUUGUCAGUUUUUAGUGAAGAUACACUAUAGUAAGUAGCCUAAUAAUGAAGUAUAAAAAGCCACAAGUGCGUUUACCGGGAUGGAGCUUGAGCCAGCUAGGAGGAUUGGUCAAGUAAAUCCAAAUAGCCAAAGAAAUAGGUUUUUAUAAGGGAAACCAGGUGUUGUCGCGUCCUUGUUUUCCACCGGGGACAAUCAUUUAUCUCCCAAGUAUAAAUACCUAAAAAAGACUAUAAAAAAAAAUGCUGUUUUUUUAAUAUAAUCAUUCUAAAGACUUUUUCUAAAAGACGUCGUCGUCAUCUUUGUAAAAAUCAGUGCAAAGAAUCACUGAAAGUGAAAGCACAGCUGUACCUUCAAAAUAAUUAUUAUUACAGAUAAAAGAAUCUGUAUGUUUUUAAAUGAAACCCUUAAAUGUGGUUGAUGUAAAUAUAAUCUGUAAUCGUACUAUUUGUUUCUGCUUUGGCG